CAUCAGCCGGCACGAGCCGCGGCAGCUCGCCGACCGCAUCGUCAUCUCGGGCGACGCGUGCACGCUGCGCGAGCUCGCCGAGACCUGGGGCGCUAUCACACGCCAUAGCGUACAGCUCGCCGUGCGUCCCCUCGAAACCUACGAUGCCGGCGGAGACAUCGCAAAGCAGCGCCGCCUCGCCGCGGGAAAGGGUUACCUCGAUCUCGCCCGGCAGCAUGCGGGCUGGGUCAAUAAUGGCGAGUGGAAGUGGACAAGGAUUUCGCAGUACCUCGCCGGUGAUCUCGCCUAGGGUGGAGUGGUAGCCCUACCGCGCCACACCUGUUUUUGGGAUACGGCUGCUAGUUACAGGACUGCCUGACGAGCGCCAAACGCCCAUUCGCCUGUUCGUGUGUCUGAUGGAAGAUCUAGAGGAGGAUUUAGAGUUGGCGCUGAGGGUUCUGUUUGCCUUGGGAUGUCUCGUUCCUUUUUUUUGUUUUCACGGGGUUUCGGUUUCUAUCUUUGUCUUUUUGUCUUGCUUGCAUGGCCGCGGGGCUUCAUCAGCAUUAGGUACUGGGUAUGGACUAGACGGUGGGUAUACAUGAGUGUGCUGGCGUUUCUGUGUCGUGUUUUUCUUUGGCUUCACUUUGUUUCUUUCGAUCGGUUCUGCUGGUUCUGUUAAUUCUUCUGGUUCCGUUGGUUCUAUGGUGCUUUUAAUUCUGUUGAAUCUGUUGAUUUGCGGUCUUACAUCGUUCGGCA